GCAGUCUCGUUCCGGGGGGGAGGCAUCCAGAGGUCUGUCCACGGGAAGUCAACAUCAGCACGGCAGAGGCUGAAACCAGGCCGUGCACCGAGGACCAGGAACCCCCCUUUACCUCCCUUUACAUCCCCGUGAUCCGCCCCUCCUCUGCGGCUCUCUGCUCGCUGCAGUCCGGCUGAAACACCCCAUACGCACCGGUCCUCUGGAGCCUCAAAACCCGGCACACGGUGCGAUGAAACCCGGGCUUAAUUCUUCCAGGGAGUCCCGUUGCUGCAGUGUUUUUUCACAAGGAUACACAUCUGGGGCCUUUUGCGCGUUUGUUGUUGUGGCUGUGCACGUCUGAGAAAUGCUGCCUCUGGUUAUCUGUUGCUGCAGAUCAUUUGUUUGGGAUAUUUGCAGCAUUUCUUGACAAGUGUAAGGGGAGUGCAAGACGCUAACUUUGAGGAAAACAUGUUUUAAAUGUGGAUUUCUCUCCGUUUUUAUUCCACUGGAAGGAUUUCUGCCUGCAGGACCACCGGUCUAAACGCUAACGCUGAUUAAAAACAGUUUUUGAAGGAGGUAUAUUUGGAUUUUUCUGCGUUGUAUUCCAAGAGGAGCACCGGUCAAAACGCUUUCUGAUGAAAACAUGUUUGCAAAUGUGGAUUUUACUGCGUAAUUACUCCACUGUAAGGAUUGCUGUCACAGUGUUUUUUUCUGGAUAACCCUGGGUUUGUUUCCACUGUAAACAAGUUGUAAGCAGUAGUGUUUUUGGAGACCCUCUGCCAUGGUGAUCUUCAACGGGCAGCUGAAGAUCCGGAUCCGCGAGGCUCUGGAUCUGAAGCCCACGGCCUGGUCUCUGCGUCACGCCGUCGGCACGAAGACCCAGAACUUCCUCCUGGACACGUACAUCGCCCUGAACGUGGAUGAUUCCCGCGUGGGGCAGACCUCCACCAAGCAGAAGACCAACAGCCCGAACUGGAACCAUGAGUUCUGCACGGAGGUGCACGAGGGCCGGAGGCUCGAGCUCUCCGUGUUCCACGACGCGCCGAUCGGAUGCGACGACUUCGUGGCGAACUGCAUCAUCCAGUUUGAAGACAUCCUGCACAGCGGGAGCAAGCACUUCGAGAACUGGACAGAGCGAUCAAAAUGA